CUCCAGCGUUUCCAAUUCCAAUUCAUCAACUCUCACUAAACCCACUUUUUUUUAAAAAAAAUCUAUUAAUUUGCAUAAAUAUAUUAAUAACAUCUCAUUUUUCGAAAAAAGAAAUGCAAUAGAGACAGAGAGAGAGAGAUGGGAGAGGAGUCGGAUUCAAAAGAGAAACUUGUGAGAGAGAUUUGCAACAUUUCAACAUUGUUUACAUCUUGUUCUCAUAUCAGGAGUUCAGCGCAAAAGCCAGGAUUCAUUGAUUGGUAUCUCAUUCUAAGAAUUGAUGAGAAUUCCGGGGGUGAUGUAAUCCGAAGGCGAUACCGCCAACUGGCGUUGCAGCUUCACCCAGAUAAGAAUAAGCAUGAAAAGGCUGAAGUAGCAUUCAAGCUUAUUUCAGAGGCAUAUGUAUGCCUCUCGGACAAAUCAAGAAGAAGAGCAUUCGACAUCGACAGAAAGAACAACUUCUGCAAAGACUGUCAUAGGAAAUCACAGAACUCCACUGCACAGAAAACUCACAAGGAUGCUCCACGAACCAAACAACAAUACAAACUUCUUCGAGCUUUUAAAGAAGUCCAGAACAGGUUCAAAGAAGAGUGCAGAGUGAUCGAGAACUGUCUUCGUGUCAACGAGAAUGCCAGAGGAUUAGAAUCGCCGUUGUUCGAUCCCUCUGACCGACUGCAUUUCCCAGGGUAUCCACACCACAGGGACCGUGUGUAUAGUCUCAAUAGUUUUUCGUGUUCGGCAGAGUACAGGAAAGUCAAAAGUGAGUCGCCUGUUUAUGAAAUUAGAGCGGAGAGUAGGCGUGGCUGGAGCAAGAGCCCGGGCUUCAGAUUCUGAUACUUGGCAGAAUAACAUAGCAUUCUUUUAUUUU